AUGUACAAAAGCGUCUUACAACUGAUCGAAAAAGAAAGAUCGCAGAAUCCAUUAUACUGUUUUUGGACAGCAAAAAAUCACAUACAGAGAAAUGACGGUAAAACCGUGUUUAACAACCAAUUUACGGAAACCUUUGAGGAGCAGAAAGAUAAUGAAAUUUUAGUCGGGAAAAGAGAGAUAUCAAAAGAAGACCAUUUAGGAUUAGAGUGUGUCGAUAGCAAACAAGAAUUCGUUAACGUUAAUGUAUCGGAUACUAUAGAAGGGAGAAAGAAGUUGAGGUCUGCGGAACAGAUUUUAGAAUCAGAAUCUAAUGAAAUAUCAAAUAAACCAGAAAUUUAUAAACCUAGUGACACUGGUUCUGGAUCAAUUGUUAAAUUAAAUGAAAUCGUCGAAACAGACGAGACGGAUUACUUCGACAGCGAAGAUGAAUACUGGGAUACACAGAGCAGCGAGAAGAAGCGCAGAGAAGACAUGGCGAAUUAUCUACAUCCAUCUACAAAUGUCCCAAAGGAGGGGAGAUAUAGUAUAGCAGUAGAACGAUUUAUCAAUCUUCCUUUUUUAAAACGAUCAAUUCGCAAUUUUGCUGUCGGUAACAGUUUUGAGGUACAUGAUGUCAUUUCGGAUGGGGAGUGCCUGUUCCGUGCAAUAGCUGACCAGUUUCUGAUCAAUGGUUGUCCAGGUCAUACAGAGACAACAUUACGACAAACAGCAAUAAAACACCUCAGAACAAAGUAUCUUGGAAAGGACGGGUCACAUCAUACCUCUUUUCUGUCGGGAGAAACUUCGGAGGAAUACCUUGCAAGAAUGGAAAGUCCCGGGGAAUGGGGUGACCACAUUUCCCUUCAGGCCCUUGCUGACGUUUUUACUUUAAAAAUCGUCGUUUUUAACGUCUACCAAGAUGACAUCAGAAGAACAGAGGUUAUCGCAGAGUUCAGUGAACAAAUUAAAAAGAGACCGAUGACAAUAUACCUUGGUCAUCUUGGGGAGUUCUACUAUCUGAGUUUACGUCCUAAACACUGGCAGUUGCACUGGCCUUAUAGCAUUGCUGUAUCGCUUACUAGCAUGUUCAAAAGAUCCAAACACUCUCCUAAAAGACAAACUGCUAAAUAUGCCAUCACGGCAAUAUAUUCCAAAAAGUGA